AUAAGAAAGAUUUUUUUGAAACAAUUGAGAUGGAUAAUUAAGGAAAGUCAUGGUGCGGCCAGUCUGUCGUGAUCAAGAACGUCGUAAGCCGGAGGUAUUUUUAAACGUAUUUUGGAGGAUGUGAAUUGAGAGCCGUGUUUAAAUCGUGGACGAUGAAAUCGAGAGUGAAUCUAGUCGCGAUUUUGUUGACUUUGAGCUGCGUGGCGCGCGUAUUGGAAGGAUCGAAGAGUGACGAGAAGAGUCACAAGGAGUAUUAUCCAGUCGGGAAGAAGGUUGUCAAGGAGGUUCACAACAAAGUUGCAUCUCAAAGCGCUGCUCUUCAGCGGAUGGAAGAUAAAACUAAAAUUCUGAAGAGCAAGAAUACCGGUUUCGGUUUGUCGAAAGACUUUCAUGGACCAGACCGUCCACGCCGAAAGAAGCGAAAGAUGGACCGCACGAUGAUGGCGUUGCUGAUGGCGUACAAAUUGAAAUUCGUCGCUCUGAUUCCAACACUGGUCGGAGGGCUAAUCUUGUUAAAAGCUACCGCGCUACUUGCAGGCUUCUUCUUCGCUCUGUUCGCCGCGGUUCUCGGUCUGAAAGUGAAGUGAACGAACCUAUUUCACGACGAGAACACCGUGAUUAUCAAAAGUGAGGCCGAUAAUAAUACUGAUUUCGGUAAAACCGAUAGCCGCAUCGCGGUUAUUUUGAGGUUAUGAUCACGUGGGCCGCGCGCAUGCGCAAUGCGACCCACGUGAUCUCGAAUCGAAGAUUUAAGGCGUAAGAAUGUAAUAUAUUAUUGUAUUCUCUCGUAAUCUGGUGUAGCUGAAGAAUAAGCGUUGGAAACGAUUAAAUCGUUGUGUCUUCCUUAUUCACGUCGAUUAUUAUGCGUCUUUUUUAUUCGAUCUCAGGCUCGAUCCAUCCAUCCAUGGAGGAGUCUGUUACAAAA